AUGCAUCUCAAUUCUCUCCCUCAGCUGUUAUAUGUUAUCUUCAUUGCACUUUUGGCUGUAUCUGGGGCAAAAAUUCAAGAUAGAGCAGAUGUAGUGACCGAUUUUGAGUGUCCUUCUACUGUGGCAUUGGCCUUUAACGAAGCGGACCACUACAAGAACGUGGAUUAUGACCCAACCACUGGUAACUCAAUUAAUGGCUCUUUCUGGACAGAUUCGAACACCAUGGAGACACUACACUUACUUAUGCUGCAAACCGGUCGUUCAGACUUUGAUGGACUAGCCGACAACUCUUUUCUUGGACGUAAUGCACUCGUUCCUUCUACCAAUUGGGAGACAUUUACGGGACCAUUUUUCGAUGAUGCCGGGUGGGCUGUUCUCGCUUUGUGGACUAUGGCCGAUUAUAAGGCGACUCGCCACCAACCUGAUGUGGAUGACUUCUUCGCUGCCGCGGCAACAGUAUACGACCUCAUAGCGUCAAAUUGGGAUGACACUUGCGGCGGCGGAGUGUGGUGGACGGUCGAUCAUACAUACAAGAAUGCAAUAACCAACGAGCUAUUCCUAACGCUAUCAGCUCAAGGUUACCUACGAUUCAAAAAUGAAACUUAUCUGGAGAAUGCAAAAAAGGUAUGGGCAUGGAUCGAGGGCUCUGGCAUGCGCAACGACCAAGGAUUGUACAACGAUGGCCUUGUAUUAGGCACAUGUGUGAACAACGGCGAAACUACUUGGACGUAUAAUCAAGGCGUUAUACUCUCUGGGCUUGGAGCACUCUAUGCCGCGACCGGUAACGAGACGCUAAUUUCUGAAGCGGAAAUCACUAUCGAUGCCACGAUUCGUAACUUGACCAUGAACGGAAUCUUGAAGGAAUCCUGUGAUGAUGUGGUUCUUGAAGGUAUCCCAUGUGAUUCAGACCAGGGCAUAUGGCUGAAGCAUCUCCAAUACUUCCUCACCUUUGUUCAUCCAAAUUACCCUGAACUCGCAGCCAAGUACAACUCUUUCAUUGGCUCCCAGAGCGAGGCCGUACUCCGACUGGCCACUGACUCUCAGCUUGACAUCGGUUCUGUGUGGUAUGCAGCAGAUGCGGGUGGUUCGAUAUUCAGUGUGCAAAGUUUGGCUAGUGGUAUCAUGGCGCAUGUCACCAAUGCACAAUACGGGCCAUGUCUUUAG